ACAAUAAGCACAGAUUCAUAUAAAGAAACCAUCUAACCGGUCAGAUCCAGGUCCCGCCGUGUAUCGCGGGCGUGUCUACAAUGUCGCGCCCGCAAGCAACGCUGUUCGCCCGACGUCGCCGUGCAGGCACCGUGUCGUCGCUGCCGGGGACACGGCAUCACCUGUUCCUUUGAGACGGAACGAGUGUAUCCGGAUAUAGGACCGUCACGGAUCGCGCAGAUGGUGGUUGACUUGGAGCGCAGAACGGAUUGCCGAGCUGGAAAGGCAGAGAAAACACGCCGAACAAGGAGGAUCAGAAGCAAAACCCUCGGAAUCAAAGGAUUCGCCCAAUCUACACUCUCCAUUCAGUAUGGAUGGCAUCGAUCUGGGCCCGCCAAUGGCUACUCUACGCUCCCUCGGCGCCGUGACCAAAGAUGACUCCGCCACUGGGUUUGAUCCUGUCAGUCGGGGAAUUCUACAGCUUGACGAAGCGGAAAAGGGAGUCCAUAGAUUCUUCACAUAUUGCCAUGCAUGGGCGCCGUUUAUCAGUGUGCAAUCAUGCGCUGAGCUGCGGCAGACGCCUGUUCUUUUCCUCGGCAUCUGCACGGUUGGCAUGCGUUUUGAAGGCAACAACUCUCUCACGUCUCUCCUGGAUCAGGCCGUCUCACGACUUCUGCUUCGCCCGAGUCUGACCGACGUGACGCUCGACUCGAUCCGUGUGUUGCUGCUGUACGCCCAGUGGAUGCCCUACACGGCGGAGGGCAACCGGUACAACGAGAUCAGCGCGUGGGCAGUGCUCGGGCUGGCGGUGCGAUAUGCACAGUUCCUGGGGCUUGAAGCGUCUGCCCUGAGUCCCUUCCAGGCAUGUUCUUCUUCCAACCCGGCUGCCAUCACCGGUGACCAUCUGGCUCGCAUCCGCGUCUGGUAUAAUCUCCUCACCUGCGACUUCAACCUCAUGCUCACCUCGGGUCUGCCGGCGAGUCUCGACCCAGAAGCCUCUGCCCAGGUGGCUCGUCGGUUUGGCGGCCAUCGAGCAGCACAGCAGCCGGCGGAUCUGCGUGUGGCGGGCCUGGUCGAACUGGUGGCUCUUGUGCAUCGGGCGAUGAGGCGCGGGGGAGACGCCUCGGGCAGGAAGAUGAAUGCAGAGGGAUUACAUGCCUUGAAUGUAUUGUUGGAUGAAUGGGAGGGGUAUUGAUCACUCUACCCUGUUAAGCUUAUCUUGAUUAAUUCUCUUUUGAAUAGGGUAUGGUCUGUUCGCCUGGGUCAUUGCGAGUCCCAACAUAACCAGCUCCCUAUGACC